GCAUUGACCGAAUCCGUCAAAGAUCAGCUCCUCAUCAUCUACUCAUCACUCAUCAAUAUAUCGAGCUCUGAAUAUCACUUAUAGCUAGGAGAAAGAAGCAGCAAUGGCGUCUCAGGAUCAGAGGUUCCAGGCAGGUGAAGCCAAGGGCCGUACUGAGGAAAAGACGGGCCAGAUGAUGGGUACGACGAGGGACAAGAUGCAAGCAGCCAAAGACAAGACCUCCGAGGUGGCCCAGGCGGCGAAGGACAAGACCAACGAGGCAGCCCAGGCUGCGAAAGACAAGGCGCAAUCAGCAAAAGACCGGGCCCAUGAGUCGAAGGACCAGGGGGGCAGCUACAUGGCUGAGAAGGCAGGGGCCGCAAAGGAGAAGGCCUCGGGUGGGGCCGAGUCGGCGCAUGAGACGGCCAUGGCCGGACAGGAUAAGACAGGGGGAGUGCUCCAACAGACUGGGGAGAAGGUGAAGGGGAUGGCACAGGGGGCGGCGGACGCUGUGAAACACACGCUGGGGAUGGACAAACCCAACGAGGAUGGUCCGACUAGGGAUUAUGAUUAGCCUAAUUAGUUCGGCGUGGGCUUCGAAAUGGGACAUGGUCAUAGGGUUAUCCUCGUACUGCUAGGAACGCGACAGAGGGUUGCAAAAUGUUGGUUCUCGUGAGGUUAUGUUGUUUUUGAUAUUUCUGUUCAGUCCACUGAAUAAAGAGUUCUAGUAAAGCCCAUGCACCUUUAACCUCGUUA